AUGACUCGCGCCCGCGCCACCGAAAGCUACGUCGGUGUGCGCGCGCCUGUUCGCGACGAAACAGGCAGCGUGCACAUAGCACGCGGGAAGUUUCAGUCGGGACACCUCACUGGCCACGCGGGAUCGAUCGCGGGCGUGCGCAGUCCGCGGCGCCGCUUCCCACUCCGCCCCCACCCCACAGAGGCUGACACCCCCAAGGCGCUGCAACUGCACUCAGUGCAUGCGGGGACGCGACCAAAAUCCACCAAAGACAAACGCGGCCAGCCGCCCGGGAGGAGCCCGUUCCAAAUU